UCACACGCUGGCUGGGUGUGGAUGCAGGGCUGCUGGUCAGCUGUCGUUCUCCCUCAGGAUCUCACACUGUUGAUUCAACAGCGGAGCCACUGAGAGGUUGAUAUCGUGGUCAUCACUAUGACUGAUGGGGAUUAUGACUACCUUAUAAAACUCCUUGCCCUGGGGGACUCCGGCGUGGGGAAGACCACCUUCUUGUACCGAUACACAGACAACAAGUUCAACCCCAAGUUCAUCACCACAGUCGGUAUCGACUUCAGGGAAAAGAGAGUGGUGUACACAGCGUCCAACCCCAAUGGGACGACCACAGGGAAAACCUUCAAGGUUCACCUUCAGAUCUGGGACACGGCCGGACAGGAGAGGUUCCGCAGCCUGACGACGGCGUUCUUCAGAGACGCCAUGGGCUUCCUGCUGAUGUUCGAUCUCACCAGCCAGCAGAGUUUCCUUAACGUCAGAAACUGGAUGAGUCAGUUACAGGCCAACGCCUACUGUGAGAACCCAGAUAUCGUGUUGAUAGGAAACAAGGCCGACCUGGCCGACCAGCGGGAGGUUCAGGAGAAACAGGCCAAAGAGCUGGCCGAUAAAUACGGGAUCCCGUACUUUGAGACGAGUGCGGCCACGGGAACGGAGGUGGACAAGGCGGUGAUAACGCUGCUGGACCUGGUCAUGAAGAGGAUGGAGCAGUGCGUCGACAAGCCGCCCGCCGAGCCGGCCAACGGUAACGGGGCGGCAAAGCUCAGCGAUGCACAGCCCAACGAGAAGAAAUGUGCGUGUUAGGUCACGAGGCGUCCGAGGAAACAACCUGUCAGUGCUCGUCCAUCGUCACGUUCCCUCCAUAGUUUACUUUCCUCCUCCCGUCAUGUUUGAUUGCAUGUUUCUUUGUCGUCUCUCUAAAACUAACCUUUAACCCUCUUCUUCUUCUUCUUCUUCUUCUUCUUCUCUUCCCCUCUGAACUGUCCGCCUCUCUGACAACAGAGCAACCCGACCUCGGGAUGAAAUUAAAACAGGAGGAAACAGUUGAAUGUGCCUCGUUUGAAACAAGCAGUCGGAGAUUCGAGCGCUGUAUGUUCCCACCUGCACGGUUCACAGGUGGUUUCAUUUCAAUUAGUCCAAACUUUUGUUUUUUCAAUUUAAAUCUGGUUCUUUGAGAGUUUCCUCCGGACCAGGCUGAACAACCGAGUGACCGACGUUCCCCCGUUUCACACCGUGUUCGAUGCUGUACCCGUAUUUCCAGAACACACAGCAGCUUUGUGGGAUUCUAUCGUUGGCAAAAUUUGCACAAAAUUAUGUUUUGCAUAACUGACCAUUAAUACAACACUUAAAAAUAGAAUAAUCGUCAAUUACAAAAACGUUUCUUAGCAAAACUUUUGUAACUAAACUUUCAUAUCAAAAGUUUAGCCAACCCAAGUUUAGUUACAAAAUUUUAGCUGACAAAAGUUCAAAAACAAAACUUUUGCUAACAAAGUUUUGCUGACAAAAGUUUAGCUUUGAAAAUGUAGUUACAAAAGUUAAGUACAAACAUUUAGCUAACAGAAGUUUGGCUUAAAAAAGUUUAACUAAAAGUUUAGUUAUAAAAGUAGAGCCAAACUUUUGUUAGCUAAACCAAAUAAAAUUUUGCAAACCGGUUAAGUUACAAAGGUUUAGCAAGAAAACUUGACAAACACUUCUUUGCUGUUUUUGUUUGUUUGUAAAUUACUGACAUACGAUUCUUUAGAAAUAGUAUUUAUUCAUAUAACGUGAAUAUUUUUCAUUGUUAUGAAAACAUCCGAUGAUUUCACACGUGUAUGUUUAUAAAUGUUGAAGCAGCUAAUGUUCCAUUAAAACCUCCGUGAUGAGUUUUGGCUGAAAACAGAUUUGCAGAUUGUUAAAAUAUUUUUGAUUGAAUAUGGGUACAGCAUGGUACAUGAGGAAUUCUGGGAAAAAUCCUGUGUUGUAUAUUAUCGAUAGAGCAUCAUCGGCCAGGAUUCUCGUAUUGUUCCGAGCGGAUCUACUGCCUUGGCUUUUAAAGCGUUAUUCCGUUGUGGAGCGACAGAACUCAGCCACGUUGUUUUCUCUGUGGUUCCAUCGUCACCAGAACAUUUAACUGAAAACAAACCUGCAGCACAGUCUGAAAGAUUCACGAGGAUUUAACAGAACAACACAGUGUUUGAAUGACAGCUCCGCAGAAACAAGUUCAAUAACAGUUGAUAAUCAUAUAAAAUAAACUUCAGAUCUUCAGAGCAGCUGAACUUUCACCUCUUUUUAAUGGAUAAUCACACAAAGUGAAAUUACGCUUUAAGGCCCCACACGACCAAUGUUUUUAGAAUAUGACAAAUUAUUUAUAUUAUAUAAAAUAUAAAUAUAAAACGGAGAAUAUUAUUAUUUCUGUUGUUCACGUUUUGUUGUUUUUUCACGUCCAUCGCGAGCAAAUUAUCUCAACUGAAGCCGUCACGUUUUCCCAAAAUACACAUUUCUUAACGAGACGUGUCUCAAAGAACUCCUGAAGAAAUGUCUUUGCUCUGAACUGGACUUUUUGAUUUUUGGCUCAACACUUGAAGUUGUAACUUUUCGUCACCGUAGUUUGUCGUGCGGCACUAUGUUGUUUUAGUUUUGUUGCGUAACGGACCAUUUCACAGUCGGUGUAGAAACUUCACGACGCCUGAGCACAGUGGGAAACAUUCGUCUUUAGUGGCUCAGUAGAUGAAAAUUUACAGAGAAUUUUGUUUAAAUUUCAAAAAAUCAACUUUGGUUCCGAGAUGAUUUCUUUUGUUUUAAGUGCAACUCAACGAUUUCCCUCACAUCCAGUGAAACCUUGAUCUGCCUUACUUCAUGAACAAUCUUGAGCCGAGUUGAGUUGCCCCGGAAACAACGGACAUCUUCUGUUGUCAUUGUUUUCUCUCCUGCUGCGAGUUCAACCUGUUGUUUUCUUUAACUUGUCGUCAUCGUCCCAACCAACAGCUGUAAAAUAUUCAAACCACAGCUGGUUGGUUUUCAAAGUAAAACCAGAGGCUGCCAAACGGGUGAACACUAACGUUAAUGAUGUGGCUAAUUAACGGAAACGGUCGAGGUUUGGCGUCGCUUCAUCGUUACGCAUAUUUAAUCUGUGCCAAAUAAAAAACAGGAAACACAACAGAGGAGAAAUUCUGCUUUUCACUACGAGAAAAAUCUGCCUUUUAUGGUUAAAACAUGUUUUUCCGCGUGUUCUUUUUUUUAAAUUUCAAAGCCAAACAGUCAUUUGCCAACAGCUGAUCUCGGUGCCAUAAACAACACUAAGAAGAUUUAGAUGUUCAGACAGUGUCACGUUCUCCACCAGUUAUUUAGCUGCAUUAUAACAACAAUGUUCUCAGAAACGAUUGUGUCUCAGUAGGUUUGUUGUACAGUUUCAUAAUUUAUGUUAUCAUGAUGUACAGGUUAUGUUAUUUUCUAUAGGCUAUGCAUUUCUAAACAUUUAAUAGAUGUUUUAGUUUUAAUUCAUUAAGUAAUUUGUGUUGUUUAAGCUGAAGUUGAAACCUUUGGCCACCAGGGGGUGGCGCAAUAUGCCGAAAAAAAAUCGCAUCGUCAUAUUAUCACCUGAUGAAAGUCUGCGUAGUUUAAAAAAACCAAUUUGUCUAAAGGUUCCAGUUUCUUCACAGCCAGAUCCUAUUUUCAGAAAACCUCUGCCCCCUGCUGGCUUGAUGAGACACAACCAGACAGUUAAAAAAAAAGCUGCAGGAGAUUAAAGCUGAGUUCACUCAGAGUGUAACCUUUAAAAAUACAAAACUACAUUUUAAUAGAAGAAUACUGAUCCAUCCAGCUCCUGAAGUCUUUCACCAGGUUUUAAAAGUGUUGAUUUCAUUAAUCUCAUUUUCAGGUUUGUUAAUUGUUGAAAAAUCUAAAAUUUGGACUUUUCUCUGUAAAUAAAACAGUUAAUUAUGAGGAAAUUAGAUUAGUUGCCUUUAAAUGUCAUGUAGCCUUACGUGAGCACGAUGACCGACGCCUACUUCAGGGGAAUUCAGUAAUUUCAAUGAAUUUAUUUUCCAUUAAAAUAAAAUAAAGCGUUGAAAUUUGUCCGUAAGCAACAUUUUAAAUUACCCAACAGCUCAGACUGAAUGAAGCAGCUCGGCACAAGAAAACUUGAGCAUCAACAGAAUCACUGAAUUAUUAGAAAUGAUGGGUUUUGUUUCUCAAAUUCUUCAAAUUAAAAAACGUUUUCUUUUUAAACGGAUGCCUUUCGAUCGUGACAAUCUGAACCAAACCAUCAGCUCUGAUCUGAUGCUUCUGUUGCUCGACAUCUUCUUUCUUAUUUAAAUCACGAAUCUUUCCUCUUUUUUUGUAGCAUCAAGUUUCCACGUUUCUCUUAAAGCGUCUCGUUCGUUAACCUCAUUAAUAAACUUUUUUUACUUCACUUGGAAAGUUUACACAGUUUGACGAGUCAUGUUGUGCCUGUUAGUAACUGAACCUCUGUUACGUCUGUGAGCUACUGAAUAUUUUACUGCAUUAUUGAUUAUAGAUUACAAAACAGAGGAGAGCAGAAGUCCUGAUGUUGUUUUUGUGCCCGAUAUAUCAAAACAACUAAUUAAUCCAAGUACCUCUAAGAGCUUUUAUUUUUGGAAAUUCUCUGUGUGUGAAUACUCUGAUGCCUGCGGUUUGUACACGUUCGUUCUGUUUUCACCGUGCGUAUUGAUGCCUGUGUGUGUUUGUCGGGUUUGUUGCACCGUCAGCAUGUUUGACACCAUGAGAAAGGAAUGACCUGUGAUGUGUUUAGUGUUUCUGAUGUCUGAGCUGCAAAUAAAUCUCUGUGGUUGUUUUUACCCCUUGGGUUUUUUUUCUCCACAAUGAUCUGACUUGAAGCAGAUGGAGGCCAACGUGUUUGAGGAGAAAAUUGAAAUAGAAACAUUUUAAUUUUCACAGACCGCGGUAUCACCGCAACUCAAGCAAACACUGUACUGAGCAUUUAACUCUUUAGAAAACAGAGAAUGAAACAUAAAAUGUUCAUUGUUCAAGAUAGAAACCAUUUUGAGCACAAUUUAUUAUCUCCUGUGCACAAGAUGCAUUUCAGCUUUGGAAUAAUCUGAGAAUAUAAUUUUGUUAAAGGCACAAUUAUAAAAAAAAAAAAGAAAAAGAAAAAGGAAUCAGAUCUUUAAUCGAAGACACUUGUGAGUGAUUCAAAUUCAAUCCUUGGUUUUAACGUGUUGAUAAUUGUCUAGAUAAGUAAAAGCAAAACUGUAACAAAAACAUUUGACGCUGAAACACUUGAUGAGAUUUCUCUGGUUUCCGUGGUAACAGCAUUGUGAGACUUGACAGCUGAUUAAAGACAAAUUCGUACAAUAACAACUUUGGAAUGUGACGUGUUUGUUGUUCACCUCAUCGCUUGACUGUUUGUGUCUGAUCACAACUAGUUCAACACUCGAUUCUGGAAAUAGAACUGAAAUCGAAUCUGUUCAGUCCAAGUGAUGAAAAGUUGAAGAGGUUCGCUUUGUGAGGUCGCUUUGACUUUAACCCUCGAUCACCAAAAUCGAAUCAUGUCAUCCUCGAGUCCAAGUGAAUGUUUGAACCAAAUGUGAACAAAUUCCCUUGAGGCCUUUCGGAGUUAUCGGGUUCACAAAGCAAACUUUUUUUUUUGUGAGGUCAAAGUGACCCUGAACCUUGAGCGUUGGCUACCAAAAUCUAAUCAGGUCAUCCUCGAGUCCAAGUGAAUGUUUGUACCAAAUGUGAAAGGAUUCAUCCAAAGCGUUCUGAAGAUAUCACAUUCAGAAGGUAAAAAAAAUUGCUUUGUGAGGUCAAAGUGACCUUGAACCUUGAGCGUUGGCUACCAAAAUCUAAUCAGGUCAUCCUCGAGUCCAAGUGAAUGUUUGUACCAAAUGUGAACAAAUUCCCUUGAGGCCUUUCGGAGCUAUCGGGUUCACAAAGCAAACUUUUUUUUUCUGUGAGGUCAAAGUGACCUUGAGCCUUGAGCGUUGGCUACCAAAAUCUAACGAGGUCAUCCUUACAUGUGAAAGGAUUCUCUGAAAGUGUUCCGAGGCUUAAAAACCCACCUGAUGCAAAGAAUUGACAGUGGAGAAGAUUUAUUUGCAUUUUGUUUUAAGACACUUCUCAGCACGAGCGACAGGAUGAAACAAACAUAAAUACCCGAGAACAGUUGAACCUGUAGAGCGUGAAGUGUAGUUACAAAAAUAAUUAUUUUUACAUAUCUGUCGACGCUGCCAAUUUCAUUCAAGAGGAAAGACUAAAGAAAAAAAAUACUCGUGACAUUGUGAAGUAAUUAGAUUCCCGACAGUUAAAACAUUAAAAUCUUUCAUAAUAAAACUCUGUGAUUCCACAACACACAUGCAUCAUCAAGCGUAAACAGGAGAAUCUGAGUAUUAGCUUUAUGUCUCUAACACGAUGUAAAAAAAAAAGGGAACAUGCAGGUCUGUAAAAACAUCCACAAUUAAAAUCGGAGAAUUAAACCAGUGAAUAAAAGUGAUGAUUUGUA